AUGGAGCGCUCCGUAGCUACCCAUGCCCAAGGCGAAGAAGCACACGGUCACCACCAUUCACCCAGUAUCGACCACUUCGUCCAUAUAUUUCUAGACAACACAAAGAAUCGGUUCGGCGAGUCCUCGGUCGAGGUAGUAACCAUCAAUGCUAUCCUCAGCACAUUCCGAAGUGGAGACAUAUCCAAGCGGGACGCUCUCUCGUCUAUCACACUCACGCUCAGAGAUCAAGAGGAUCUCAAGCAGGAUUUGAUGAAUGUCCUCUACCACCAAGAUGCCAAAUGGGGCGCCGGAGACUUCGAUUUCGAUCAGCUCAUCACGCUACCUUCUCCCCAGUCCAUGCAGCCUACCCACGAGCCUUGGUUACGCUUACCCCCGAUUACCUCGUUAUGGUAUCCAGAACAUCAGGCUGCCCGGUCAAUCAACCCAGCCAUGCUGAACAACUACGGUGGACCCCCGAAUUUUGGAAAUCAAGAAUAUCGAGAGCCUGUCUAUGCGCAACGUGGAUACGGCAAUUGGCAGCCGCCUUACAUGAGUGCAAGUUACGAUGCCGAUAUGAGCGCUAUACAUGAAGUCUUUGGCAUAGACGCCAGCCCAUCUGUACUAGGCAAUCCGUUCGCAGUACCUAUCGGCCAAGGCGCCAUCGACAUGCCUCCACCAUCUACGAAGCGCAGAAGUCGAGGAUCCAUCGCUCAAGUCAAAGCUGAACAACAGCACGGUGGAGACACUGCCAAGGUCCCGGGCCUCUCGACGCCUCCAGCCUCAAUUACAACAGAAGCGCCAGUCGCACACGGACCUAAGAGUACACAGUCCAGUGAGAUGAAGACAGCCGGGGACUGCUCAGAAGGGGACCGGUUCGUUCACAGCAUCUGUGGCAAAGGAUUUGCGAGCCGAGCAAAAGUCAGGAAGCAUCAUUGGGGAGCUAAGAACAACGAUGUCCGAACGAAGACUGGUUGCUGGGCGAAGCAUAAGAAGCCAAACGUGAGUUGGGACGAGCACCCUAGCUGUAAAGAGGAAGCGCCGGCACCGCGCGCAGUUAAGAAAAGCCCUUCGCAGUCCACGUUGAGGCCGAAGGAUUCCGGACACGCAGCCCCUGGAGUUCCUACGAUGAUACCCCGCUACAACACAAUCGAGGGUUUUCCGACUCUCCAAGAUCUUCCGCAGACUGUAGCACAAGCACUUGGUCCAUGGACUCCGACUCGACAUAGUUUGGAGAACGUAGGGCCCUACCAUUCGCAUCGAGUCCCUGUCCGGGGUAGCUUUGAGACGCUGUUGAGCGCGGUCAAUGUCGCCUCCCGAAUUGAUGCGCCAAAACCAGAGGGACGCAACGACUCUGUAGUCUCUCACCUAGACGCUCAAGCGGUCGCUGCGGAACACGAUAGACAAUACAAUCCAGCCUGGCUCGAAGCUUCUCAUGGAGGCGAUGAUGGUGGCUUUGCGUAUGGUCGUUCCCCAAUCGUGGCCAACGCACUAGGCAUCAGCUAUUUCAACGAAGGGGUGCAGGUGCCGUCGGGUAUGGCUUCUAGUUCACAGAUGGGAGAAGGUGGAUAUGCUUCUACUUUUGAUUCCAACCACGAGCACAUGUCCAAUGCCUCGAAGCGCGAUCGAACCAUGUUCAGAUCAUCCAUCUCCCCUGAUGCCGAGACGAAGAUGCCGAAGUUUUAG